AGUCAAUGAGAGGCGGGGUUUGUGCUCAGCAUAUAAAUGGAGUAAGGCAAGCAGGAUAAAAUUUGUAGAGGGGGAGUUUUUGUCCAGUGGCAAUUUUUCUGGUUUGGUUGGGAAACAGACGGCUUCCAAGGAUGGAUUACGCCACGAAGUCCUGGGGCUUCCUCUCCCCACGAUCUCUGUCCAGGUGCGUCUCGGCUGGGGCUGCCUCCGUGACUCAGCAGCUGCUGGCCCCACCGGCCUCUCUGGCCCGGCCUUACCGGGUCAGCAACUGGGACCAUACUCUGCGCAAAGGGAUCGUGGCCGAGAGCUUGAGGGAUCUGCUUGAGAAGGUUUGCAGUGCCUUGCCAGUGGUGGGCCCCUUCAGCCUUGUCCUGGAUGAGGAUGGCACCACCGUGGAGACGGAAGAGUUCUUCCAGACGCUUCAGGAGAACACCGUCUUCCUCGUACUGGCCAAAGGGCAGUCCUGGCAACCUGUCAAGACGGCGGGCUACCAGCUCGCCCUCUCCCAGAAACCUCGCCGAAGGCACGACGUGGCCUGCGUGACCCUUGACCUCUACAAGACCAACCCUGAGGACUUCAUUGGCUGCCUGAACUUCAAAGCCACCCUCUACGGCAGCUACAGCAUCUCCUACGAUAUGCGCUGCUAUGGCGCCAGGCGGAUCGUGAAAGAGGCCCUGCGCUGGACGCUCCUGACCAUGCAAGCGACAGGCCAUGUCCUCCUGGGUUCUUCUGGCUACGUGCAGCAGCUGCUGGAUGCCACCGAGGAAGAGGAGGAGAAGAGAGAAGGCGGAGAGUCCCGCCUGGUCCUCCGCGGCCUCCAGGCCCUUCCUGUUGGGAAGUUGCUCCAAUGAGCUUCUGGUUGUUGGGUCUCCUGCAGACGGCACAGGGGCGCUUCCACGCUCCUUUCUAUAUCCUAGACACGGACUUUGACACGUAAUGGUUGACUUUAGUAGCGCCCACUUCCGGGACAUGCAGAACUCUGCCUCCUCACACACCAGCAGCACUCUGCUGAUGUCUGUCUUCCUGCCCUCAGGCUGGCCACUUGCUAUCGCUUGCACAGCACUUAAUGCACACACAUGGUAUCGGGGCCCCAAAGAUGUCAGAGCUGAUGGCUUUGCAGCAGAGGCUGUCGGGAGGGCCUGGGGGCUGGAAUCCUUGGGUCCACUUGCCCAGUUCCACAGGGAGAGAGCUAGGGGUCUGGAUCCCCGACAUGCACCCUAGGCAGGAAGCAGCCAUGGUGACUUACACUGAGCCCCCCCCCUUUCCUGCACCCCUUCCUGGCCUUGUCUGCAUCUGUCUCCUGUUGCUGCUUGCUGGUGCACAAGCCUAUAGGACGGCUGUAAAGUCUAAUUUUACACAAUGUUGUCAUGCUAACUUAUGCUAUUAAAGCUGAUCGCGGUUUUUA